CUCAAUCUGUUUUUGUCAAUUAGUAGUAAAGCUUGACUUCAAGAUGGCAACACGUGCGGCAGAAACCAAAAGUGGAUUAACUACGAGCUGGGUACCUUUAACGACAGCAGGACCAACGUUGUCACCAGAAUGUGCAUCAGCUAUUUAUUUGAAUCCUCAGAACAAUGCUUCAAUAGGAGCGUUCGACCCAUGGUAUGGCCAAAAUGUCAACACGGCGCUGAAGUGCCAACCGGAUCAACAAACAACAUGGUGGGAUCAGUCUGAUCUCGCAGCUUCUACACUCUGGAAUCUAGGGCCCCUGGCAUGUCCAAAUGGGUAUACGACUGCGGCAACACAGAGUAUGAAUCUUCUAAGUACAAUCUUGGCAUGCUGUCCAAAGGGCUAUGGUUACCAAAAUGUCAUUGCACCAGCACCUGCAGCAAACGAAUGUUUCUCAACCCUGACAAAUGGCCAAGUCAUCACACCCAUGAGCUCUUCAGAAGGGUCAUGGGCACCAACAACGAUGACUAUAACUGGGACGGGAUCCGUGAUCCAUGGUGUCCAAAUCAACGGCUGGAACUUUGCAAGUUCGUCAACCAAAUCAGGUAGUGUAACACAAACGUUUGGAUCAGCUGUGAGCGGCACAACAAGUUCGCCCUCCUCCAGUGGCACCGGCGGAUCGAAUUCAGAUGGGGGAAAUAAUGGGGGACUUAGCAGUGGUGCCAAAGCUGGGAUUGGGAUCGCGGUUGCCAUAGGUGUUAUUGGAAUUUGCUGUUUCGUGGCUGCUUUUCUUUUCUACCGGAAAAGGAGAAACAUUCCCAGCAAGAGACAUGAGGAUGCCAGCACUCUGUCGGAUUAUUAUGCGCAAUCUCCAACGGCUCAAUAUGGAGGGGUUCCGAAAGUUGAGACGUACAGAGACACCCAACAUACAACGCAGCACUAUAUGGCACUCGCUGAAGUCUCGAGUGAGUCAAGACCCGCGCCUGCUGUGGAGAUUGGAUAAACGGCUUUCUGUGACCUGUGGUAUAUAGAAGAUUGGUGGACAGAGCUAGAGCAUAGGGGAUUGUGGUUCAGCAAGCGAGCAUUUGUUCUUUUGUGGGGGCAAGGUGCAUUGGGUAUUUUGCUUGAUUAACUGAGCAGUCUUGGAAUCGAAUUGGCGUUUCCGUCUUAUAACUCCCCUCUUCUUGACCAGUGCUUGACGGCACAUACCGGAAUACCUUUUCUCCGGAUUAAUCAAGCAGCGUUUCUGGAAGCAAUUUCAAGGUUAAAGUAUCUCAUAGGGACAAUGAAGGGUC